CCGCAUUCUCCGCCCCGUAGCUCCGGGAGAUGGCUGCGGGUACCUGGUGUUGCGCGGCCGUCUGGCUCAGCCUCUGUCUGCUGGGGCUUCCGCACGGCGCCUUCGCGCUCGGCCCGGGGGCAGCGGCGGCCCCUCGGCUCCGCUCCGGCGGGACGGCGGGGCCCCGGGAUGGCAUGAAUGUCCUGUUGAUAGUUGUGGAUGAUCUGCGUCCUGUUUUGGGCUGUUAUGGAGAUAAACUUGUGAAAUCUCCAAACAUUGAUCAACUUGCUUCUCAAAGUAUUGUAUUCAGCCAUGCAUUUGCACAGCAAGCCGUGUGUGCUCCCAGCAGAGUGUCGUUUCUUACUGGACGCAGACCUGACACCACCCGGCUGUAUGAUUUCUACUCCUACUGGAGAGUACAUGCAGGCAACUAUUCCACGAUGCCGCAGUAUUUCAAGGAGAACGGCUACGUGACCCUAUCUGUGGGGAAAGUUUUUCAUCCUGGGGUUUCAUCCAAUUACAGUGACGACUAUCCAUACAGUUGGUCGAUUCCACCCUUUCAUCCUUCAACAGAAAAGUAUGAAAAUGAUAAGACUUGUAGGGGAAAAGAUGGAAAGCUGUAUGCUAACUUGGUGUGCCCAGUGGAUGUGUCAGAAAUGCCCAGUGGCACUCUGCCUGAUAUCCAGAGCACUGAAGAGGCCAUACGCUUAUUGGAUGUUAUGAAAGCCAACAAGCAAAAGUUCUUCCUGGCUGUCGGAUACCACAAACCACAUAUCCCACUGAGGUACCCGCAGGAAUUUCUCAAGUUGUACCCUUUGGAAAACAUCACAUUAGCCCCAGAUCCCUGGGUGCCUGAGAAACUACCUUCUGUGGCAUACAACCCCUGGACAGACAUCAGACAGAGGGAUGAUGUGAAGGCAUUAAAUGUCAGUUUCCCUUAUGGACCACUUCCAAAUGACUUCCAGCGGCAGAUUCGUCAGAGCUAUUAUGCAGCGGUUUCCUACCUGGAUAUGCAAGUUGGCCUCCUCUUGAACGCUUUGGAUGAUUUAGGACUCUCAAAUAGCACAGUAGUAGUUUUUACUGCUGAUCAUGGAUGGUCUCUGGGAGAACAUGGUGAAUGGGCAAAAUACAGCAAUUUUGAUGUUGCUACCCGUGUGCCGCUGAUAUUUUACAUACCAGGAAUGACAACUUCCUCUGUUAGUCGAGGAGAGCGAGUCUUCCCCUACCUUGACCCUUUUAGCCAUACUUUUUGCUUGGUACCUCGAGGGCGAAGCGAAAAAGUGGUUGAGCUUGUGUCUCUGUUUGCAACGCUUGCUGAACUUGCUGGCCUGCAAGUUCCUCCUGUGUGCCCAGAGACUUCGUUUCAUGUUGUGUUGUGCACCGAGGGGACAAGCAUUGUCCGGUAUUUUAAUACCUCUGAAGAGAAGGAUGGGUGUGAUGACACUUACAGGUGUCCUGAUGAAGAACGUGUUGCUUUCAGCCAAUAUCCCCGGCCUGCAGACACUCCUCAGUGGAACUCUGACAAACCAAAGCUGAAAGACAUCAGAAUCAUGGGCUAUUCCAUGCGUACAAUUGGCUACAGGUAUACUCUGUGGGUUCAGUUUAAUCCAAACAACUUCAGUGCCAACUUUGAGGAUGUCCACGCAGGAGAGUUGUACAUGGUGGAGACUGAUCCAAACCAGGAUAACAACAUUUAUAACAAUACCUUACAUGGUGUUUUUUUCAAAAAAAUUCUUGGCUUCCUGAAGCACUAGGGUUCAGAAACUUCUUUCUGCGUGUUCUUGCAACUGAAACAGUAUUUUUUGUAUAAAACAUUUCUGUUGUACAGAAAACACUUGGAUUUAAUUAAAAUCCGGUUUGUAUCAAAA